GAUGUUGCGUUCUUCCUCUCCACGCAUUCCCCACUAUAAUGUCAUGGUUCUCAAAUGCAAUGUCACUCAAGGCGGAUGUGAGCGGAUCUCACAGGUGUAUUGCCAAUUUAGCCAGAGUUCGAGAAGAAACACCUGGAAUCAUCAUGUGAUCCUGUACCUGGGCGUGGAGAAAGUCCCUGUUAUUUUCUGGACUCUUGUUGAGUGUCGUCUUUCCGUAGGAAUUGUCAACCAGUGCGUGCCCCACUGUAUUUUCUAAGGAACAGUGCCUUUCUGUAACCCUUUCCGCGCGAAUUCAGGAAGAGUAAAAUGUGAACUUUACAUGCACUUUGCCUCGGGGUUAUUUUAAAUUUUUAGGGGGACUUUGAAACCCAACGGCUUGUGUUUGUGCAACUAUACUGUUCUUCCAAGCACUUCUUUACUGUGGCCACCCUGGAGAGGCCUGAAUAAACAGGAGAGCAGACGACGAAGGGAUAUGAUUGUGGACUUCCUGCUUGGCAACUACAGGAAGUAAUUGAGCUCUACAGGAAAGAUGACAAGCUGGGUCCAGGCCGCUCUUCUUCUCCUCUGUCUCCUCCUGUUAUGCCUGUCUGCAGCCGGGAACCAGCUGCAGAAGGAGGCGCUCCUGGACUUCUCCUCCAUAACGCCCAUCAACAACGUGGUUCAGGACCCCCGCAGCGGGCGCGUCUACCUGGGUGCCGUCAACACCAUCUACCAGCUGGAUGAGGCGCUGCGUGAAGAGGCCCGCACCGUGACUGGCCCCAAGGAGGAUGCCCGCACCUGCACCCCGCCUGUCUCCACUCCGUACUGCCAGGACACCAAGCCCAGCCCUAAUGUCAACAAGCUGCUGCUGGUGCACCCAUCCAACGACUCACUGAUCGUCUGUGGGUCCCGCUACCGGGGAAUCUGUUCCCUCCUCAACCUGAGCAACGUGGAGCAGCAACUGUACUACAGUGACUCUAAGGGGGAGAGGACUUAUGUGGCUAGCAUAGAGGACGGUGUAGCCGUGGUGGCCGUCAUGUCUACAUACAUUAAUAAAGACGGCAACACCUUUAAUGUGUUUCUGGUGGGAAAGGGCUACGGCAGCCUGGACAGCUCCAAACUCAUCAGCACGCGCAUCCUCCAGGACUACCGCGACUGGGUGGUAUUCGAGAGCAUCAUCGAGGCGUCCACCGUGCAGGCAACACCCUUCGUGCCCAAGUACCUGCAUGACUUCCGCCACGCCUUCAAGGAGGAGGGCUUUGUCUACUUCCUGUUCUCCAGGACCAUGGGAAGCACCGAUAACAAGAACUUCACCUUUGUGUCUCGACUGUGUGAGGACGACCCUCACUACUACUCUUACACAGAGCUGCAGCUCAACUGUGGCCCCGGGAACAGGUACAACAAGGUGCAGGCAGCCUAUGUGGCAUCCCCAGGUAAAGAGCUGGCCCGGGGGAUGACAGAGUCGGGUCAGUAUGGUAAGGUCCUCGCCUGGCACAAGGUGCUGUUCAUGGUGGCCAGCCCGGAUGAUGACGGCGCCGAUUCGGCCCUGUGCAUGUACCCUCUAAACACCAUCAAUGAGAGGCUGGUGGACAUAAUCAGUGCCUGCUACAGCGACUCGGGCAAGAUCGCAGGCAUCCCAGCUGUGGACAUCCCCUACUCCUACAAGACAGACGAGUUCUGCACCUCCCAUAUCGACAAAGACACUCUGAACAACUAUAAGUGUGGGGCGGACUUCCUUCCCUCUCCACUGGCCAGUAAGCCAGAGUUUGCCCAGCAGGCGAAGGCGGUCAUCAUCAGGAGGGGCCUGCUGACCGCUGUGGCCAUCGCUGUGGAGAAUGACCACACUAUCGCCUUCCUGGGGAACAGCCUGGGAGAGGUGUACAAGGUUCAUCUGACUGCCAACCCAGAGGUGUACAGUCAAGUGCCAGGGGACACCACAGGGAAACGCGUCAACAAAAAACUAUUCUUUGACACUAGCCACAGCCACCUGUAUAUCACCACUGAGAAAAAGAUCACCAAGGUGCCAGUGCAGACGUGCCAUCUGAAAACAGACUGCCAGUCCUGUGUGUCGCCAUGGGACCCCUACUGUGGCUGGUGUGUUCUGGAGGGCAGGUGUACCAGGAGGUCUGAUUGCCGGCGAGCGGAGGAGAAGAACGGCUGGUUGUGGAGCCCCAAGCAGCAGUGUGUGAAGAUCGUGUCCUUCAACCCACCCAACCUCAGCUGCAAAAAGACCCAGCAGGUGGAAAUCAACAUGCCCUCCCUCCCCUCCUUCGGGCAGGCAGACCGUCUGUGCUGUGUGUUCCCCUCCUAUAUGAGUAACGCCACCAUGUCCUCUGGCCAGGUCACUUGUGCCCUGCCCAACCCUGUCUCCUUACCAUCCACACCUGAACACCAGGAUUUCGUGGCGGUGCCCAUUAAGAUCUUUGUGAACGAGUCAGUGGAGCUGGCCACCAGGGAGUUCAAUUUCUACAACUGUUCAGCCACCGUGAGGAAAGCAGAGAGCACACCAUGUUUGUCGUGUGUGGCCAGCCCCUGGGGCUGCCAGUGGAACACCCAGGACCACACCUGCCGGGACAAGGACGACACUGUGUUGGGCCCUCAAAUCAUCAAACACAGACAGGGGGCAAGAUGUCCCCAGUUCGAGAACCCUGAUCCUGUGCUCAUUCCUGUGGGGUUCAAAACCACCAUCGGCUUCGAGGGCAUCAACCUGGAUGUUUACCAGGACCGGGUGUUCACCAUCGGCACAGAGCUGAUGAGUAACAUGGAGGAGGACGUCAGGUCUGAAGAUGGCCCCUUCUACAGCUUCAGCGGUUUUAACUUUUCCUUGGAUAAGUCACAGGAGACCAACGUUCUGUUCUACGUGAAGGACAAACAGACGGGCAAGAAAAUAGACAGCACGCUGAAUGUGACCCUAUAUAGCUGCUCGCUGGGCCGUGAGGACUGCAGCCUGUGUAAGAACGCUGACCCUAAGUACAGGUGUGUGUGGUGUGUCAAAAGGAAGUCGUGCGUCUAUGAGAAGCUGUGUACUAAUGACCAGGGUACAGAGUGCCCUGACCCACACAUCACUGACAUCAUCCCUCGCUACGGGCCCGUGAGGGGGGGCAUCUCUGUCACCAUCAAGGGCUCCAACCUGGGCAUCCACAAGGAGGACAUCAAGGCCAUCAGUGUGGUGGGGGUCCCCUGUAUACAUCAGGAGAACAAAUACGCCGUCUCCACCAGCGUGGUGUGUGAGAUCGGGCCCUUGGAACCCCUGAGUACAAACUGGGGCCAGGUGGAGGUGGAGGUAGAGGGGGGGAAGAGAGGAACGUCAUCUGCUCUCUUCACAUACCGGGACCCCAUCGCCCGCUCGGUUCACCCCGCCAACGGCUCCAAGGCCGGGGGGACGGUCAUCACCAUCUCUGGUUUCAACCUGGACACAGCCACCAGGGAGGACAUUGCCGUCACCGUUGGGGGGGUGGUGUGCACUGUGGAGACGUUUGGUGCAGCCAUCACCUGCAGGAUGGGAGAGUACCGGGCGGAUAAGGUCCCCUCUGACCUGCUCACAGUGACAGUAAAGUAUGGGAAGAGAACCACCACAGCCGUCCCCACAGCCUUCCAGUUCUGGGAGAACCCCACUAUCCUGGACCACCACCCCAAGGGAAGCUUUGUGUGCGGUGGGAGAACCAUCGUGGUGACUGGAUCUGGGUUUGACCUAAUUCAGAACGCAAUCAUGAGGGUCCAGGCCUCGGCUGACAAGUGGUCCGGCAUAACUCCUACUGAGUACCUCCAGGAGGCUCUGAGUAAGAACAACACGGUAAUCCAGUUCCUGACCCCGGCCGUCAACAGGUCCUCUGAGACCCAUUUGUUCAGGACCUUCAUCCAGCUGGACAACUGGGGGAGGGAGCUCAAGCCCUUCGACUACCACCCUGACCCUGCCUUCGACCCCCUCACCAAGAAAAUCAUCACUGAGACCUCCAUCAUUGUCGUCACUGGUCGAGGUUUUGAAAAAGCCAUGACAGCCAAAGAGGCCCAGGCGUUUGUGGGGGAUGUCCCGUGCUAUGUCAACGCCCUCCAGGAUGACAAGCUGUUCUUGGAUCCCCCGUCCAGCCAGCCCCAGGCCCGCUCCAAACGCCACCGCAGACGCAGAGACACCAGCUCCGACACAUUGGACCUGCUGAUUAAGUUUGGGAAUGGCGAGUGGGUGGUGGGCUCUGUGCACUACGAGAGCAAUAAUGAGGUUCCUCUCUUCAUCAUCAUCCCUGCUGUCAUCAUCCCCAUGCUGCUCAUCAUCCUCGUCUCCGUCUACUGCUACAGGAGGAAGAGCCAGCAGGCUGAAAGAGAGUAUGAGAAGGUGAAACACCAACUGGAGAAUUUGGAGGAGAGUGUACGAGACCGCUGCAAGAAAGAGUUCACAGACCUGAUGAUAGAGAUGGAGGACCAUACCAACGAACUGAGCGAGGGGCGAAUCCCCUUCCUGGACUAUAAGACCUACACGGACCGCGUCUUCUUCCUGCCCUCCAAGGACGGGGCCAAUGAUGUGAUGAUCACGGGCAAGCUGGACAUCCCUGAGGCACGGAAGGCCAUCGUGGGCCAGGCCCUCAACCAGUUCUCUAACCUGCUUAACUCCAAGACCUUUCUCAUCAAUUUCAUCAAGACCUUGGAAGGACGUCCAGACUUCAACGCCCGGGCCAAGGUGUACUUUGCAUCCCUGCUGACGGUGGCUCUGCAUGGGAAGCUGGAGUACUACACGGACAUCAUGAGGACCCUGCUGCUGGAACUCAUGGGGAACUAUGUCGACAGCAAGAACCCCAAACUCAUGCUGCGCAGGUCAGAGACAGUGGUGGAGAGGAUGCUGUGUAAUUGGAUGUCCAUCUGUCUUUACCAGUUCCUCAAGGACUCAGCAGGGGAACCCCUGUACAAGCUGUUCAGGGCCAUCAAGCAUCAGACAGAGAAGGGUCCAGUAGACGCCAGAGUGAAGAAGGCCAAGUACACCCUGAACGACACGGGCCUGCUUGGAGACGACGUGGAGUACUGCGUCCUGACUCUGCAGGUGCUGGUGCACGGGGAGGGGCCAGACGUGACGCCCGUCAAGGUGUUGAACUGUGACACGGUGUCUCAGGUGAAGGAGAAGAUCAUUGAGGCGGUGUACAGGAACCUGCCCUACUCACAGAGACCCAAAGUGGACAGCGUCAGUCUGGAGUGGCGUCCUGGUUCCACAGGGCAGAUCCUGUCAGACCUGGACCUGACGUCCCAGAAGGAGGGUAGGUGGAGGCGCAUCAACACGCUGGCCCACUACAACGUGCGAGACAAUGCUACUCUAGUCCUGUCCAUAGUUCUUCACACUCAACAGAACUAUGACCAGAACCAGGAUAACCAAGAGGAGAGAAACGCCCUGUUGGAGGAUGACAAGGUGUUCCACCUGGUUCGGCCUGAUGAGCUGGAUGAGAUGAAGUCCAAGAGGGGCAGCAUGAAGGACAAGUCCAUGACCAAAGCCAUCACUGAGAUCUAUCUCACACGACUGCUCUCUGUCAAGGGAACCCUGCAACAGUUUGUGGAUGACUUCUUCCGCAGCGUUUUGUGUUCCGGGGCGGUGGUGCCACCCGCCAUCAAGUACUUCUUUGACUUCCUGGACGAGCAGGCCCUCAAACAUGACAACGUGGACGAGGAGACCGUACACAUCUGGAAGACCAACAGCUUGCCUCUGAGGUUCUGGGUGAACAUCCUGAAGAACCCUCACUUCACCUUCGACGUCCACGUGACAGAGGUGGUGGAUGCCUCGCUGUCCGUCAUCGCUCAGACCUUCAUGGACGCCUGCACCAAGACAGAGCACAAACUCAGCCGAGACUCUCCAAGUAACAAGCUACUCUAUGCAAAGGAGAUCUCCACCUACAAGAAGAUGGUCGAUGAUUACUACAAGGGCAUCAGACAGAUGGUAUCAGUCAGCGACCAGGACAUGAACACUCAUCUGGCAGAGGUGUCUCGGACUCAUACAGACAAACUCAACACACAAGUGGCUCUGCAUCAGCUCUACCAGUAUGCCAGCAAAUACUACGACGGGAUCAUCCAGUCCCUAGAUGAGGACCCGGCAGCCCAGAGUAAACAGCUCACCCUGCGGCUUCAGCGGAUAGCAGCCGCCCUUGAGAAUAAAGUGACAGACCUCUAACCCACUGGAGGAGCCAGGGAGACGGAAAGGGAGGGAUGGAGGGAGAUGGUACCGUGCCACCAGUGUCCACAGGGGCUUAUUUAUCCUGGCGGAGGAGAAAGAAACAGAGAAAGGGGUCCCGCAAGGCCUUGACAUUGACACCUUCAACCCAGCAGGCCCAGAAUGUGGGACAGAUCAGAGUCUGCAGAGUGGAACAGAAUAGGACCAAUGAAAUAAAGACAGAUCAGAGUCUGCAGAGUGGAACAGAAUAGGACCAAUGAAACAAAGACAGACCAGAGUCUGCAGAGUGGAACAGAAUAGGACCAAUGAAACAAAGACAGAGAGAUGAUGAUGGGUUACACAUGUCAUCAUCCUGUAGGAACGCCUUAACUUAAGUCCACUUGCCAAACAGAAAUAAUUGGUCCUUAACACUCACUCUGGCUGUUCCCACAAUGGAACAGGUGGCCAGCCCUGGGAAAUAAGCCCCUGUGUUGAACACUGCUUGGCACAAGGAGAUAAUCAGAUGUUCAAUUUCAUCCAGUCUAGAAAAGUUGUAAGAAUUGUAUAAUAUUUUUUUUAUUGUGCAGUCUUUAUGCGGAAAGCUUUAUAAGGAGAAAUUAUCUUUUAAAAUGGACUGCCUUGUCGUGUGUAUUGUGUUUCUAUAGCCUGUGUGUGUGUGUGUGUGUGUGUGUGUGUGUGUGUGUGUGUGUGUGUGUGUGUGUGUGUGUGUGUGUGUGUGUGUGUGUGUGUGUGUGUGUGCACGGAAUGCCUACUGUCAGGCCAGAGGGUGGAUGCCAUAUCUGUUAUUUUAAUCUCAACUAGUCACUGACACACAGGAGCCCGUUCUCCCACUGAGCUCCUCUACACAGACCAAAUGGUCAGGCUAACUAUACACUUCUUGAAAAUGACAGGCCGACUAGUGACAGGUCAACUUGUGACAGGCCGACUAGUGACAGGUUGACUGGUGACAGGCCGACUAGUGACAGGUUGACUGGUGACAGGCCGACUAGUGACAGGUUGACUGGUGACAG